AUGAGAGAUCUUUCUUGUGCAUUGGAUGUCACUGCAUCCACAAUACAUCGGCGUGUAAAGUUGGGAGACAUACAAAAACAUUCAAGUGCUAUAAAACCUUCUCUAACUGAAGAACAUAAAAGAGCGAGAUUGCGCUUUUGUUUAUCAAUGCUUGAAAGUUCCAGCUUGCCUCAUAAUCCAAUUUUCUCGGAAAUGUAUAACAUCAUUCAUAUUGAUGAAAAAUGGUUUAAUAUGACGAAAAAGAAUGAGAAAUACUACUUACUACCAGAUGAAGAAGAUCCAGAACGUAAUUGUAGUAGUAAAAAUUUUAUUGGAAAAGUCAUGUUCUUAGCUGCAAUAGCUCGCCCAAGGUUCGACGCACAAAGAAAUGAAGUAUUCUCUGGAAAAAUUGGUAUAUUUCCCUUUGUCACACUAGAGCCAGCCAAGAGGUCAAGUAAAAAUAGAGCUGCUGGAACACUAGAGACCAAACCAAUGACUUCGGUUACUAGAGAAAUAAUAAAGCAAUUCAUGCUUAAACAAGUCUUACCUAACACAAUGGAGAUAUGGCCAAGAGAGGAUAUAGGUCGUCUAAUAUUUAUUCAACAAGACAAUGCAAGAACUCACAUUAGUUGUGAUGAUGAAGAUUUUUGUAGAGCAGCUUCACAAAAUGGAUUUGAUAUUCGACUAAUGUGUCAGCCUGCAAACUCUCCAGAUUUAAAUAUUUUGGAUCUUGGAUUUUUCAGAGCUAUUCAAUCUUUACAACAUAAGAAGGCACCUAAAUCUGUUGACGAGCUUGUGAAUGCGGUUGUGAAAUCAUUUGAAGAAUAUUCGGUGGUGCUCUCAAAUCGUAUAUUUUUAAGUUUGCAAUUGUGUAUGAUUGAAAUCAUGAAAGCAAGAGGUUCCAACAAGUAUAGUAUUCCUCACAUGAAGAAAGAAAUGCUGGAACGUCAAGGCAAGCUGCCGAGACGAAUGAAAUGUGACCCAACAUUGGUUCAAGAUGUUCUUGAUUAUUUGAUGUAA